GUCUCCUAAAACUUGUAGCAUAGCAUCAUUCAAAAUUUCCUCUCAUCCUGCUUUCUGCAGGAGAGAGGAGGAAAAAAAAAGAAAAAAAAAAGAGUUGUUCAUAAAUCAUAGGAAUUAGGUAUUAUGAGUGAGACUACCAAAACCAAUGACAACAUUAUUAGAUAUACCAAAAAGAGCUAUGACGACUACGACUAUCAUAAGAAACCCCCAAUUAGGAGGUUUAAAGGGAGUCUUAUGAACGUUAUCAAGAUGGCAUUAUACAUGUUGAGGAGGAAGGGUGACAAGACUAAUAAAAAGACGUUGUCGCCCUCCCUCUCCCUCCCACCAACCACCAAUGUCACUCUGACGGAUCUUGUAGGGGCAAUACGCCCCUUUCACCUACAGAGGGACGUUGGUGGUGGCAUAUCUCCACCACCACCACCAACCCAACUCCAUCUCCCUCCUGGGAAUGGGGUGGCGGAGGUGGUGGUGGUGGUGCCGCCUCCACCUACCCAACUUCAUCUCCCUGGUGGGGAUGGGGUGGUGGUGGUGGCGCCUGAUGAAAUAUCUCAGGCGUCCUCUUAUCAUCCAAAGUACGCCGCCUCAUCUUCCUCUUCGCGCUCAUCUUCUUUAGGAGGAGGAGAAAUGAUCAUGAGUAGCAGAUAUACAUCAGCUCAAAGUUUAUACGAUCUCGAUAACCACGAUGAUGAGGACGAGGAUGAGGACGAUAUGAUGUUGAAUGAUGAAGAUGCUUAUUAUGAUGGUCUUGAAGGUGAUGAAAUGAUCGAUGACAAGGCUGAUAAGUUCAUUGCUAAGUUUUACCAACAAAUGAGGCUCCAAAAGUUUUAAAUAUUCCUAUUAUUAAUUAAACAUUGAUUCAAUGAUGGUUGAUUUUAAUUAGGAGGGAAAUACAAAAAGAAAAUGUUAAUUUUGUCUUUAUUUGAUUAAUUGAUAAAAAAAAGGGAGAGAAUAGAUAAGUUCAUUUCAUUAAAUUCAUGUUAAUUACUCUUUAUUUUUCUUCUUUAAUUAAUUCCUCUUGUAGGAAAUUUUGAGGUUGUAUUACAUGCACCAUGCAAUUUUACCUAAUUGGACUGCUCUUGUGAAAUA